AUGACUGAAAUUGUUGAAAUUACCGAUAUCGCAUCCCAAAAGAGUGGUUGGGAAGAUUUUGUAGCCGGAAAUUUUGCUGGAAUGGCGCAAGUUUUUGUUGGGCAACCUUUGGACACUAUAAAAGUUCGACUUCAAAUAGAAAACACGAAAUUCAAGGGUCCUAUGGAUUGCUUAAUGCAGACAGUCAGGAAAGAAGGAUUUUUAGCGCUUUACAAAGGAAUGGCCAGCCCUUUAGUUGGUAUCGGUGCAGUGAAUGCUCUACUUUUUGCAGCCUACUCUCGUAUCAAAUCGAUUCAAGCCACAUCAUUGGACGAACAAUUACCUCUUCAUAAAAUUGCAAUUGCUGGUGCAGGAGCAGGAGCGGUUAAUAGUGUACUUGCAUCACCCGUAGAAUUGUUAAAAAUAAAGAUGCAAGCACAAUAUGGAUCAACUAAAGGUGGUGGUGCUCUUUACAAAGGGCCACUUGAUUGCGCUCAACAUUUAAUUCGAGAAUUUGGAAUAAGGAACGGAUUAUUUCGUGGAUUUUGGGCUACUGUAUUUCGUGAAAUACCUGCAUACGCGGGCUUUUACAGUGGGUUUGAAUUCGCUAAAAGAAAACUUACACCGGAAGGUGCCGAUCCCAAUGCUUUGCCACCAGGUAAACUAAUGAUUGCUGGGUCUUUCGGUGGACUUUCCUACUGGCUAUGUUGCUACCCUCUCGACGUUGUCAAAUCUAAAGUUCAAAAUCAACAAAAUCCUCCAAAAGGAGCCUUCUAUAUACUAUCCACGCUCAAGUCGAUAUACAAGAAUGAAGGCGCAAAAGCGUUGACGCGAGGAAUAACACCUACAAGUUAG